GGGUUUGAAUUUGAUAACUUAAAAUAAGAAUUCGCAAAUAAUUUGCUUUUCGUAAUGAUGGUCAGGAUUGUCACAUUCUGCAGAAUAGAACAUGAAGAUGCUGCCCACAUUUGUGCCGCUAAAGGAGCAUCAAUCAAUUUUCCCUCCACGACCUCAAAACGACGAAUUUUUCCGUUAUUGGCAGGUUUAUCAACAACAGUUGUAUCAUAUGCUCUACACUCUUAAUGUGCAGAACAUGAAUGCCCGGAUGAAAGCAUUUUGUUCGCCGGAAUCUUCCGAAGGAACUUCGAAUGAUUCAUCAACAGAGAAAAAGAAGUUUGAUUUCACUCAUCUAGCCGAAUCUAUCGAAACAGAGGAACGAGAAAAAUCCAGAAGUGAAACAACACCAACUCGUCCAUUAGCAGUCACUUCGUCUCCUUACCAUCGUCCGCCAUGGUUUCUCCUGCCUGGACGAGGUCGUGGAGCUGGCAAGUCAACUAGACCAAAGAAAGAAUUUAUAUGCAAAUAUUGUAACCGACACUUUACAAAGUCCUAUAAUCUUUUGAUUCAUGAGCGGACCCAUACAGAUGAGCGUCCGUACUCUUGCGAUACUUGCGGUAAAGCAUUUCGGCGUCAAGAUCAUCUUAGGGACCAUAAAUUUAUCCAUUCAAAAGAAAAACCCUUUAAAUGUGAUGUUUGCGGUAAAGGAUUCUGCCAGUCACGGACUCUACAAGUGCACCGAGCAGCCCAUAACGAAUGCAAUGGAAAUCCAGAUAUGGACGAGCCGGUGGUUUUGGUCUCUCCUUCGGAAGAAGUGAAGCCGCUGCUCACUCCUGACUCGACGUCAAGCCACCACUUGGACUCACCCACUCGAGAAUCGCGGAUUUCCUGAGUUUCUAUUGUUAUGUUCCUGUUUUGUAUAUAUAGUUCGAUUACAUGUGCGUUAUGUGCAUGAAGUGCUGAAAUGCCAUUGAAUGUCUUUAUUUUCGAAAUUUGUGCAAUAUUCCGUAAACGAAGCAAUGUAUGAGCGCUGCCGAAGCAGCGUGCGCACCUUCCAAUUCGCCAUUAUCAGAGGCUAGGGCCCCGUUUAAGUGGCUUGCUAACACCAUACUCUCGACCCGCGAUCAUUCGCACCUUGCUCUAACAAUCACACAAGCAAAUCGCCUUGCCGUAUGUUUGUAUUCGGCUAGGUCCCGUUUGUGUCCCCGCGUGUCUGCAUGUGUAUGCGUGUGCUGAUAGUACAGAGGUGUCGCGCUGUACGUGAGAUCGGAUUCGCGCUCCAUGGCGCUGUAUUGCUCCAUUUGCACUUAUAUCUCUCUCCUAAUCAUAAUAAGACGCGCUUAGAGUGCCUUCCACAUAUCACAGUGAUGGCUAAUAGUUCGUAAACACGAAUGUGUGCUCUCGUAAGAAAUAUUCUUUGUCAACGAUCAGGUUUCGACUUCUGUUGGAGUACCUCGUGUAGUUUCUCGUAAAAACGCGCACUCGUCUGUGAGAGUGCGUCAGUCCUCGCGCAAUGUGUCAGAUAGUUCAUGUGAUUCGAUAAUGUUGUUUACAAUAAACUUUUCAAUGCUU